AUUCAUGUUAAUGGGGCAGCUCAUUCGCCUUCGCAUCACUUUGAUUUUGGAGCUGGGACAGAACACAGCAGUUUCAACAAUGGCGGUGGGUCGCGGUAUUGGCGCUCUUGAUCUCUUUCUCGCGAUAUCACUGAUAGGAGCGAGCCAGGCGUACCUGAAGGCUGGCUGCAAGAUUGAUACCCUGCGGGCGUGCGGCAGUGACUACGUCCCCUACGGAAAAGGCCCACAUUUACACGAGUCUGGUGAAGAGUUUGAAGAAGGAUGCAAGAGGGACAGGAUCCAGCUCCCUUGCACAUUGCAGUUCAUCAAGAACUGCACGGAAGGCUUGGCCCGAGCAACAGCACUGGUCGCAGUGCAAGCACUGGAAGAGAACAUCGAGGCCAUCUGUGUCGUAGGAUCGGAAGCCUAUAAAAAUUACCAGAGAGGAAUCAAAUGCAUGAAUUCCCAUGGCGACAAGAUGCACAAAUGCUUAGGAGGCUUUCACGACAUUCUGGAACAAGCCGUGAUCAAGGGUCCCACCAAAGAGGUUAUUCCCCACACAUGCUGCUCCUACCACGACCUGCUGGCUGCGUCUCCAAGGCACUCACGCCGUGCGACAGCGUCGGCUCCAAGGACUUGAUGCUUCGUGUGAUAGACGAGAUCUUCGGUGAAACUCUGAACCUUGUCUGUGGCCACUAUUCCAAAGGUUCGAAUGCCUGUAAAGUCCUCGCACCGUUGCCAAAGCUGGGCCCCAAGGACCGUAGGAUAGCUAACUACAUAGAGCUGAUCUUGGAAACUUCGAGCACAAUUGGG